AUGACCAAAAAAACUCUCAAACAAGGGGACAGAAAGAACUCAAACCUGGAGCAGAAACUCUCAAACCUAAGACAGAAAGCACUCCCAAACCUGGAGCUGAAAGCACUCUCAAACCUAGGACAGAAAGCACUCUCAAUCCUAGAGCAGAAACUCUCAAACCUGGGACAGGAAGCACUCCCAAACCUGGAGUUGAAAACACUUUCAAACCUGGGACAGAAAGCACUCCCAAACCUGGAGCUGAAAGCACUCUCAAACCUGGGACAGAAAGCACUCCCAAACCUAAACACUCCCAAACCUGGAGCAGAAACUCUCAAACCUGGGACAGGAAGCACUCCCAAACCUGGAGUUGAAAACAAUCUCAAACCUGGGACAGAAACACUCCCAAACCUGGAGCUGAAAGCACUCUCAAACCUGGAGCAGAAAGCACUUUCAAUCCUGGAGCAGAAACUCUCAAACCUGGGACAAAAAGCACUUCAAAACCUGGAGCUGAAAGCACUAUCAAACCUGGGACAGAAAGCACUCCCAAACCUGGAGCUGAAAGCACUCUCAAACCUGGGACAGAAAGCACUCUUCAGUCCUGGAGCAGAAACUCUCAAACCUGGGACAGGAAGAACUCCCAAAUCUGGAGCUGAAAGCACUCUCAAACCUGGGAAAGAAAGCACUCCCAAACCUGGAGCUGAAAGCACUCUCAAACCUGGGACAGAAAGCACUCUCAGUCCUGGAGCAGAAACUCUCAAACCUGGGACAGGAAGCACUCCCAAAUCUGGAGCUGAAAGCACUCUCAAACCUGGGACAGAAAGCACUCCCAAACCUGGAGCUGAAAGCACUUUCAAACCUGGAGCAGAAAGCACUCUCAAUCCUGGAGCAGAAACUCUCAAACCUGGGACAGGAAGCACUCCCAAAUCUGGAGCUGAAAGCACUCUCAAACCUGGGACAGAAAGCACUCUCAGUCCUGGAGCAGAAACUCUCAAACCUGGGACAGAAAGCACUCCCAAACCUGGAGCAGAAAGCACUCUCAAACCUGGAGCAGAAAGCCCUCCCAAACCUGGAGCAGAAAGCACUCCCAAACCUGGAGCAGACUCUUAA